UAAAAGAAUUCACGGAAGUGCGGAUUCUAGGAGGUCGCGGUGGCAUCAGGAGAAAAUCGAGACCGUGUGUGGAUCUCUGCGUGGAAUAGGAUGAGGGAAACGAGUUCCUCAAGUCCAAGGCCUCGUUUGCCAAUCGCCUUUGGCUUUCCACAUCUUCUCUCGACCCCGUAGAAAUGAAAGCGUUGUUGGAGAUCGAGGAUUAAGCACACCUAAAGUGCUCACAGGUCGUGGCUCCUGGAGCAACAUAUAUCACGUGACGUGAGAAGGUUUCACGACCUGGAUAUCAUCAUUUGUGGGGACAUCAUUGCCUGGAGACUAAGAUUUCUAACCAGAAAUUUAGGGCAGUUCAAGAAGAGGCUCAGGAGACAUCCUAGUCUUUGGCUAUUUCCCAAUAACAGAUGAAAAUGAUCAAGGACCAGGGAUCGCUGACACUGGAGGAUGUGGCCGUGGACUUCACGUGGGAGGAGUGGCAGCUCCUGGCCCCUCCUCAGAAGGACUUGUAUCGGGACGUGAUGCUGGAGAACUAUAGCAACCUGCUGUCCGUGGGGUAUCAAGCCAGCAAGCCGGAUGCUCUCUCCAGAUUGGAACGAGGAGAACCGUGGCCAGUAGAAGAUGACAGCCACAGUCGAAUCUGUCCAGAAAUGAGGAAAGAUGACUGUCUUCUGCAGGAGGACUUGCAAAAUCAAAGAUGUCCAAAAAGAAUGGAACGAUGUCACGAACAUAAUGCACUUGGAAACAUUGUUCAUCGGAGCAAAAGUAACUUUCCUUUAAGGCAAAAUCAUGAUAUGUUGGACUUUCAUGGGAAAACACUGAAAUCAAAUUUAAGUUUAGUCAGCCAGAACAGAAGCUAUGAAGUAAAGAACCCUCUUGGAAAUGGGGAAUCCUUCCUCCAUGCAAAGCAUGAGCAAUUUCAUAGUGAAAUGAAAUUUACUGAAUGUGGAAGUUCUAUGAACACAAAUUUGCAGUUCAUUAAGCAUCUAGGAACUCAAAAGAUAAAUAAACCCCACUUAUGCACUGAAUGUGGGAAAGCUUUCAUCAAGAAGUCCCGCCUCAUCGAUCAUCAGAGAGUGCACACAGGAGAAAAACCUCAUGGAUGCAGUAUAUGUGGGAAAGCCUUCUCCAGAAAGUCCAGGCUCACUGAACACCAGAAAACCCAUAUAGGGGAGAAACAGUAUACAUGCACUGAAUGUGACAAAGCCUUCCCCAAGAAAUCACGGCUGCUUAUUCAUCAGAAAACUCAUACAGGAGAAAAACCCUACAUAUGUGAGGAAUGUGGAAAAGGCUUCAUCAAGAAGUCUCGGCUCAUUAAUCAUCAGAGGGUUCAUACAGGAGAGAAACCUCAUGGGUGCAGUCUGUGUGACAAAGCAUUCUCCAGGAAGUCCCGGCUCAUCGAACAUCAAAGAACUCAUACGGGAGAAAAACCAUAUGAAUGCACCGAAUGUGACAAAGCCUUCCGCUGGAAAUCACAGCUUAAUGCACACCAGAAAACUCAUACAGGAGAGAAAUCAUAUAUAUGCAGUGAUUGUGGAAAAGGCUUCAUUCAGAAGGGCAAUCUCAUUGUACAUCAGCGAACUCACACUGGAGAGAAACCCUAUAUGUGCAAUGAAUGUGGAAAAGGCUUCAUCCAGAAGGGCAAUCUCCUCAUACAUCAACGAACUCACACUGGAGAGAAACCCUAUGUAUGCAGUGAGUGUGGGAAAGGCUUCAGCCAGAAAACAUGCCUCAUCUCACAUCAGAGAUUUCACACUGGAAAAACUCCCUUUGUAUGUACCGAAUGUGGAAAAUCAUGUUCACACAAGUCUGGCCUCAUUAACCAUCAGAGAAUUCACACAGGAGAGAAACCCUACACGUGCAGUGACUGUGGGAAAGCCUUCAGGGAUAAGUCGUGCCUCAAUAGACAUCGGAGAACUCAUACAGGAGAGAGACCCUAUGGAUGCACUGACUGUGGGAAAGCCUUCUCCCACUUGUCAUGCCUCGUGUACCACAAGGGGAUGCUGCAUGCAAGAGAAACGUGGAGAUUCAGUCAAGUUGGAAAAUCCUUUCUCAGAGAGUCCCAGCUCAUCACGUUCAAGUGAUAUCGUACAGGGGAAAAACCCUGUUAAUGUGCUGAGUGUGCACACACCUUCUGUGGCAGCUCAGACUCCAUUCCACAGUGAUGGGUUCCUAGCAGAUAGGAAUGUAGUAGCCCUUGUGGGGCA